AUAUAGUUCUUCAUUGAUGCCCAUUUUCAAUUUCACUUCUUCCCCAAAACUCUCUUUUUUUUGUUUACAUUCUCAAGAUCUUCUGAAGCUAUGGCAGCUGUUUCACUUCUCAUCAUCUACAUUCUUCUCUGUUCAUCAAUGCCUUUCUUAAUCACAAAUGGGGAACAAAUCAUCAUAGUCAACAACUGUAACGAAAGCAUAUGGCCGGGAAUUCUUGGCGGUGCAGGGCAGAACACGCCGAAAGAUGGGGGUUUCUUACUCGGAAGUGGCCAGGAAGUAGUCAUCGACGUACCCGACAAAUGGUCGGGGAGAAUAUGGGGUAGGCAAGGCUGCAACUUUGACUCCAACGGUAAAGGCUCGUGCGACACGGGCGACUGCGGCGGCCAACUACAUUGUGGAGGAUCUGGGGGUGAACCACCAGCCACAUUGGUGGAAAUGACGCUAGGGUCGUCGACAUCACCCCUACAUUUCUACGAUGUGAGUCUGGUGGAUGGGUUUAACUUGCCUGUGUCAAUGAAGCCGGUCGGAGGAGGGGUUGGCUGUGGGGUGGCGUCUUGCGAGGUCGAUGUGAACGUUUGUUGCCCGUCGACGCUAGAGGUGAGAAGGGGCAGCAAGGUUGUGGGCUGCAAGAGUGCUUGUUUGGCUAUGCAAUCGGCUAAGUAUUGUUGCACAGGACAAUAUGCAAAUCCAAAUACUUGCAAGCCUACUCUGUUUGCUCACUUGUUUAAAGCCAUAUGUCCCAAGGCUUAUAGCUAUGCUUAUGAUGAUUCCUCCAGUCUUAACAGAUGUAGGGCUUCUCGUUAUGUCAUUACUUUUUGCCCUCCUCAGUUGUUGUAGAUGGCUGUUAGGCUUCGAUGUCUUUUGGUUUUAUUAGUUCUUCAUUGCUAAGGUUUUGUUUUCCUAGCUUAUGUAACUGUAAUGGGAAGAUCCUUCUAUCAAUGGAAGAGAGAAUUUUCGUUUGUUUUACAAACUGUAAAGUUACAUCUAAUUCUAAAUGAAGUUGAUUUUGGAGG